AUGGAGUUAUCCGCGGCUUUUCUCCGGCAUCAGAAGCGUGUCUCCGAUUCAUCUCUGGAAUUAGGUGUGGCUUUUGUUGAAAAACGCUGGUGGAGAAACCUGUUCUGAAUCUUGGAGUUCUGUGAUGCUGUAACUUUUGGUUUAAAAAGAGGAUUUACUCUGAUUUUGAGAGGUGAGGAUGGCUUCGUGGGAUCAUUUAGGAGAUGUUGCAAGUUUGGCCCAGAUUGCGGGUCUUGAUGCCGUGAGGCUAAUUGGGCUAAUAGUGAAAGCUGCAAACACAGCACGGAUGCACAAGAAGAACUGCAGGCAAUUUGCGCAGCAUAUAAAGUUGAUAGGGAGCUUACUCGAGCAACUAAAGAUAUCGGAGCUUAAGAAGUACCCAGAGACACGGGAACCAUUGGAGCAGCUUGAGGAUGCACUUAGGAGGGCUUACAUUUUGGUCAAUAGUUGCCAGGACAGAAGCUAUCUCUAUUUGCUUGCCAUGGGUUGGAACAUCGUCUAUCAGUUUAGGAAGGCUCAGAAUGAGAUUGACCGAUAUUUGAAGAUUGUUCCCCUCAUCACUCUGGUGGAUAAUGCUCGAGUUAGGGAGAGGCUGGAAGAUAUUGAGAAAGAUCAACGUGAAUACACACUGGACGAUGAUGACAGAAAGGUGCAAGAUGUUAUCAUGAAACCAGACCCUUCAAGAAAUGAUGCUAUCAUUUUGAAAAAGACUCUUUCUUGUUCAUAUCCAAGCUUGUGUUUUAAUGAAGCACUGCAAAAGGAAAACGAAAAACUUCAACUAGAACUGGAACGGUCACAAUCUAAUUAUGAUGUGGGGCAAUGUCAAGUAAUUCAGCAUUUGCUUGACGUCACAGAAGCUGCAGCUGCCAACACUCAGCAUUCAGAUGCCAACAGCAAAAACAAUCUUUCUUUUGAUGAUAGCUCUCCUAAUAAAUUUAGUAGUCGGACUACUUCCCGAAAUACAUCUUCUGUUUCAUCAGGGAAAGAUCUGUUGUCGAAUAAAGUUUCUCAUGGAGGCGAAGAAUGGCACACUGAUUUGCUUGGAUGUUGUUCAGAACCUUCACUGUGCAUAAAGACAUUCUUCUGUCCUUGUGGCACAUUUUCAAAGAUUGCUACCGUGGCAACCAACAGGCAUAUGUCUUCUGCAGAAGCAUGUAAUGAUUUGAUGGCAUAUUCGCUGAUAUUGUCAUGCUGCUGUUAUACUUGCUGCGUUAGAAGGAAGCUCCGGCAGAUGUUGAACAUUACAGGAGGAUUUAUUGAUGAUUUCCUCUCCCAUUUGAUGUGUUGCUGCUGUGCUCUUGUCCAAGAAUGGCGAGAAGUGGAGAUCCGUGGGGUUUAUGGUCCGGAGAAGACAAGAACAAGCCCUCCACCCACACAAUUUAUGGAAUCAUAAGACACCAGUUGAAGGGUCCAUUUGAUUGUUUGGAGAAUUAUAUGGCUGAAGAUAGAAGUAGUGGCUAGUUGCCACCUUCAUAUGGAGCUUGAAGUGGGAUUUUGACCCAUGAAUUUACCUGUUUGUAAAAAAUUUUCUUUCUCUUAAAUUCAGCACAUGUUGUAUCAUAGACUAAUUUUCAAUAGUAAUAGUGGGUUUUCGUUUCAAGUAUUAUUUCGAGAAUUGGGACUUUUUGCUGUGUGUGCCCAAGAGCAGAGUUCAUACUAUGAACCACAAUUCUCCUCACAAACGGGAUUACAUAAUAUCCUCUCGAAGGGGAGUUAGAGGGUUCUAGGAGAAAAGCCUAGCCACGAAAUGGACCAAUCUAAGCUGAUUUCUUUGCAAUUGCAGAACUUCUGUAUGUUAUAGGCUAAUCGCCGAUUAACUAUCCUGUUGGUAAUUGACCUACACAUUACGGACUAAUCAUGGGUUGAGGUUGGCACCGGACUAGAAUUGGUCAAGCUUUUAGAUCGGAGGCGAAUUUGGAUGAUGUUUCUCCAUUCAAAAAAUAAACCAAUGUGGUUAGGUCGAGACAAGAAUCAGGGCCAAAACCAUAUUGAUUCGCUAUAAAAGCAAGCUUAUUGCAGUCAAUUUGUGUCACUGCACUUCUGCUUCUUGCCUGAUUCUGAAUCUUGAUGCUCAGAUCUUAUCCGUGGUGAUGGUGUUCAUUCUCACUCCUUGACCUUGUCCUUGAAUUCCUGCAUUGUUCAGGCUCACCAAGAUGUAUAUUGUCCAGCAUCUCAGUUAUUCUCAUCUAGAAAGUAAAAAUGCAUUUGCAUU